AUGGCCCGCAAAGGCGGGAGUUCAACCCAACGGCUGGCUUCUGUACCCUUAGCAAAUGGAAACCCACCACCCUCGACUAUCGCCGCUCAAAUUGUCAAUAAUGCUUCGAAUGUCAACGCUCAACAGGAACCGGGAUCCAAGGUCGCGUUCGGACAACUACUACAGGAGUAUUUGAACGACCCAAGUACGGACGAGCCAAAUUCGCAACUCAAUACCCAGUUAAUCACUGUUAUCGCGGAAGCAGGAUUGGAUGCAUUACUCCAAGACAAUCCCUUUGCUCUUAAGCUACUCCUCCCACAAGCUUCUGAUAGUAUUGCAGCUAUUAAGCUUACUAUUCAGCGAAGGCCGCAUCUACUGCUGAGCACGAGAAACGAUGAUGAUGGAAACCCCCGACCUCUUCUUUUCAUCUGGCUGUUCCCUAAGCUUCUUGGCUUGUUGGGCGACCCGAAUCUUCAAGAAAUUCAAGAGGAUGUCCAGGACUUGUUAUCCACUUCCAUCAGCGUCCUCGGCCGAGGUUCCGGAUUGUGGCAGCAGGCAAUGUCUCUCGCACAGUUGUACAGGUCGUGCAUUCUCACCGCCCUUGAUGCCGCCAGCGACAUUUCUCGACUUUUUGACCCAUCCUUCAAGGUCAUGCUACCUUCAUCUAGUAGUAUAAGUGACUUCUGGCCCGACAGCCAGCAAUUGGUGGCCUUACCACAGGGUUCUCAAAGAACGAUUGGUUCACAGUCACAAGCAAUACUUCUGGGGUUUCAGCUUCUUCAAAUCCUCCUUAACCCUAGCCGAUUGUCCGAGAGAAGUGGACUUGCACCGCCCGCUUGUGAAAAUUACCUUCCUUGGGGACUAGACAGCUGUCUCAAGUUGUGGCAUUUCUUCACACAAUGGAAUACUCAUGUAGAGAGAGGUCUUGUCCACGAUGAAACGGAAGCUGCCUGUAUGCAGCUGCUAGAGGUCAUAUGCCUCCCACAACACCCUCCGGAAGCGGGAUUCUCUAGUUCACCGAAAGCUGUCUUUUCCUUUGCGUCUAGCCUUUCAGAUUUUCUUCAAUCGUGCACUACAUAUUCAUAUUCUCAGGGUAACCAAAUCCGAUUGGCCUCAUUGCUUACGCGAUUACGAGGAACUUUGGAGCAACCACGAGACGACACUGUCAUCGGCCGUCAACGGAACACGAAGGCUUUAACUGUCGAUACCGUGGAGCCGGUAAUAGUUCAGAUAUGCCAGGACACCGCGAGAUUCGGUCGUCUAGGUAGAGACUUACAGCUCGCAUUAUGUUUAUGGACCUCUCCUGGAGAAUGGCCGGUGGAAGUCGAUAUGCUGCGGAAUAGUCUCUGCUCGGAUGCUACUCAAAUAUUUUCUGACGGAAAACUUCAACAUGAUUCUGCCAUGAUUAUCAAGACAUUCAAGGAACUGAACCUAGCAGAUCAGGGGAGACCCUCGAAGCGACAAAGAAUCAUUGCAGAUGUGAACGAGGAUGAACCUCGAGCAAUAUACAACAAUCUCAUUAUGCUGAUCAACGGGAGCGCUCAAGACUCUGCAGUCUUUGAGCUGGCUAACCUUCAUAAUUCCAUAAUGGACAGGUAUCUGGCUAGCUCUGAAGAACAGCGCUGUGAUUUGCUCUCCGCAUUUGGAAAGAUUGCCUGUGCCGGAGCCCGAUGUAUACAACCGUCUCACGAGAAUGUGAGUGAUUGGAGAAGCUUGCCAUGCAGAGUGUGUGAUAAUCCUCAGACACCAAAUCGAGGCUCAGCUAUAUACUGGGAAGUUGUCGCUUCUGGUGAGGACUGGAAAGAGACUAUUGCCGCUCUGCUUGCAAUCACGGAAAUUCAAGAAUUUGAAAGGUCUACCAAGCCACGGGUUCUCAUGGCUUUGUCGAUCAGGAGAGUGUUUAACCAUAUUUCGGAUCCUGAAUACCUCAACUUGGAAAUGUGUGCUUUGGGGCAGUGGUUAAUGAAGUCCCUAAGUAGGUCUCUAAGAGAACUAAGGAUUGCGGCAGUGGGGGCUCUUAUGGUCUUCCUUAGGGAAGAUGUUCCCAAAUCCGUCCGUGGCAAAAACCGCAUGUCCACACUAGAAUUCUUCCAAGAAUUAUCAAAGAGGGAUGCGCUCACAGAACAGGAAACGAUAAUCAUGGCGUAUGGUCAGGCUGCGCGUGUAUGCGGUGAAGACGAAUUACCAAUCAUUCUACUCCGGCUUGUCGAAUAUUUAGGUCACACGAAUGCCCUUAUAUGCGGUAUGGCCUACAAUGAGCUGGCGUCAAUCGCCGAAACUUUUCAAACAGAGCCCGUAGAGCUACUGAGGCCAUUUUGGAGAAGUAUUGGUUUCGCUGUAAUUAAGGACCUUCACAAUAAGCCACAGAAAGCGCAGCAAUUGGCGGACCUUACCGAGCAGAGUGUAAACAGUAUGCUGUUGUCAACGCAAACCGAAACCUUGCCGUACCUGGUUCUUACUAAACGGAAGGACAUCCUACAGCGAAUCGCCACAGCCCGUGGAACAUCGGUUCAGGAAAUCUGUACUCAACCACGCAGAAACCUUGCUGCAAUUCUUGCGCUGUUGUUAUGUCAACCAGUCGAGGAUGUUGAAAGAAGUGCAAUAGAAGCUUUAGUGGCCAUUGCACCAGGCUUCCAAGAUAAAAACCAUGAUCUGUCCACCUGGAUCAAGGUAGAGCCAGUCUUGGUUGCAUGUGAAGUGCUAAAGUCUGCUGCAGAUCAGCCUGUAUCGAGGAAAUCUCAUUAUCACCGCGGAUUUCAUGCACUAGCUGCACUUGCGGAGAUGAAGAAUGGACAACGUAAAACGUCAUCGAAGAAGAGAACGAUAUCAUCGUUCUUCGAGUCACAUAUCCUGGGAAUCAUGGCUCAUUUUUCCGAGGUUCUGGAUAAUCCUCAUGCGAAUCAUGCACUUUUGGAGCGCAAGCGAUGUGUUGGAGCCAUAGGGGAGAUGAUCGGCCUGGCAGACAGCUAUGCCAGCUUUGCUCUGCCACAGGUCAGGGCUUGUCUACAAUCCGCUAUGGCAGACAAACACCUCUGCGACCAGACCUUCAUCGUGUGGUCUGCUCUUCUCUCAGUCUUAGAUGAGGAAGACGUGGAACUUGUCCUAGAUCAGACCUUUGCCUUAAUCGCCCAGCAUUGGUCGUGCUUUUCCGAAGACACGCAUAUCAGAGCUAACGAGACAUUAGGAAAUCUUGUUAAGAAACACAAUGCACUUUUACAGGAGAGAAUUGAGUACAUCCCUUCUCUCGCUUCCAUCCCGAUGAUGUCAAAGUUAGAAGGGGAGAUGUCACGUUUGAAGGCGAAAGUUGAGAGGAUCAAUUUCUUCAACAUUUUCAGUCGACGAUGCAACGACGAGAAUGCUGUUGUCGUGCGGCAAGCGCUAAAGGAGCUCGUCCCUUUCCUUGAGGGCAACCAGAAGCUCCUGCAUGAGUCUGCCAUCAGCGAGAAGCCGAUACCGGCGCUCCCUGCUCUUAGCCGCGCCCUUCUGGACGCAACCGUUAAGUUUGCCGAGGACCAUCAGGACAUUCCAGUUUUAUGUGCCCGUUGCUUGGGACUCAUUGGCGGUCUAGAUCCGUACAGGGUCGAAAGCGUUCGCGAGAAGAAGCAGAUUCUUGUCCUGUCAAACUUUGAGCGCGCCAACGAAGUCGUCGACUUUACGGCAUUCCUUCUUGAGCGUAUUCUUGUCAAAGUUUUUCACUCCACUACCAACGCUAGGGCACAGGGUUUUCUGGCAUUUGCUAUGCAAGAGUUGCUUAGGUUCUGUGGCUUCAACCAAAUUUCAGUUCAACGACCUCGAUCUUCCCAGGGAAGUCCGGCGUUACAGCGAUGGAACGAGAUUCCCGAAGCUGUCAGGAGCACGCUUACUCCCUUCCUUAGCUCAAGGUAUAUGGUCCGCAGCAAUAUCCAAAAUGAUGAACUACACCAGUAUCCCAUUUUCCAAAAGGACAUCACCCACGCGAAUUGGUUACGGGCAUUUGUCUACGACUUACUGAGAAGAGGGAAAGGAGAAAAUGUUCAGAUGAUCUUCCCAGUCCUUGCUAAAGUCAUUCGAGGGCAUGAUUUAUCUAUUGCGACAUUCAUCUUACCAUUCGCGGCGCUGAAUGUGAUUGUCACCGGCGAUGAAUACGAAACGACGAGCAUUGAGAAGGAGCUGUUAAGAGUGCUAGAAAGCAUAAUACCGGGGAACGACCAAGCGAAUGCUGCAAGGAUCAAGCAGUGCACUAAUUGUUCACAGAAUGUGUUCCAAACCCUCGACUAUCUCGCACUCUGGCUACAAGAGAAAAGAAAAGCUGUCUUUGAUGCUCGUGCUAUGGCCGGAAAAACUGGUCGUGGUAUCUCCGAAAUGGAUGAGAUUAAGGAUAUUGCCCAGAUCAGUUGCGUCGAACGGAUCCUGCAGAGCAUUCCUGCGGAAGUCAUUUCUAGACGUGCUGUAGAAUGUGGAUCCUAUGCUCGAGCUCUGUUUCACUGGGAGCAAUACUAUCGCCAAGAGCAGCUAAAGGCCGAAGCUAAAGAUGAACCAUUCGAGCAAGAUGAGUUGUUGCAACAUCUACAGUUCAUAUAUGCACAAAUCGACGAACCCGACAGCAUUGAGGGCAUUUCGACUCAUCUUCAAGUCUUGAAUACAGACCAACAGAUCAUGGAACACCGCAAGGCUGGGCGAUGGACAGCUGCUCAAAGCUGGUAUGAGCUUUCUCUGGCAGAAAAGCCAGAUGAUUCGGAAACUCAGAUCAACCUUCUAACCUGCCUCAAAGAGUCGGGUCAAUACGACUCUAUACUCAAUUACGUAGACGGCUUCCAUGCAUCUAACUCUUUCUCUCCUGGGACCCUUCCGUUCGCUGCCGAAGCCGCUUGGUCGACAGGAAAAUGGGAACAGUUAGAGAGAAUCCUCUCGUCUUCAUCAGAGCAGUCGAUACAGUCUUCUCUAGACUUCAAUGUCGGAGUGGGACGAGCGCUGCUCGCUUUGCGUCGAAAGAAGAGUGACGAAUUUAAGCAGAUGAUUGAGUCUUUGCGAGAAGCCGUUGCCAAAAGCCUGUCACCCACUUCGACUGCAUCCUUACAUGCUUGUCAUGAUAGCCUAGUCAAGCUACAUGUGCUUUACGAAGUCGAAGCCAUUAGUGGGAUGUCGUCCGAGACCUCUCGUGAACGGGAAACGAUUCUGGAGAAUCUAGACCGGCGACUAGAAAUUUUGGGUGCGUACACUUCAGACAAGCAAUACCUACUCGGCGUGCGCCGUGCAGUGAUGCAAUUAUCAAGCAUUGAAUUUGCGAAGCUAGAUAUUGCAUCUGCAUGGCUCACGAGUGCGAGACUAGCACGAAAGGCAGAAUUCACCUCCACGGCCUUUAACUCAGUGCUCCAUGCUUCUGAGCUUGGGGAUGACGCUUCCAAAAUUGAGUACUCUAAGCUCAUGUGGAAGGAAGGCCAUCACCGGAAAGCCAUCCAGAAUCUCCAAGGCGCCAUCACUAGCAACGCUUUUCAGCCUAGAGACUCUAUGAACAUUGAGGUUUCAGUGGGUGUUACGGUAGACCAACAACAAGCGCCGAACAAAGUCAAAUCGCACGCUCAAUUGCUGUUAGCGAAAUGGCUUGACCGAGCCGGGCAGACAAAGGCUAUUGCCCUCAAAGAUGCGUAUGCUUCUGGGUUGAUGGCUUUUCCUAGGUGGGACAAGGGCCAUUACUAUCUCGGCCGUCACUAUCUCAAGCUUCUUGAAUCUGAGAAGAAAUUGCCCAGGCAGAAACAAACCAUGGUAUACCUUUGCGGUGAGACGGCGAAGCUCGUAAUUGAGAAUUUCGUUCGCUCCGUCGUUUACGGUACGAAGUAUUACUACCAAACCAUCCCGAAAAUCCUCACGUUGUGGCUGGAUUUGGGUAUGGAUGUUUACAAUACUCAACCAAGGGCUGCAGCGGACAAAGAAAUUUACGACUACAAAGUGAACUUCUUGGAGCAGAUCAACCGGCAUAUCAAGAGGUAUACAGCCGACCGAAUGCCUGCGUUCUCAUGGUACACAGCUUUCCCGCAGAUCAUCACACGUAUCAGCCAUCCCCACAAGACUGUAUGGGACGUUCUUCAAAGCAUCAUCUUGAAGGUUGCAUCCCAAUACCCACAGCAGGCUCUUUGGAGUCUUCUAGCUGUGCCUAGGGCGACACAGGAUGACCGUCGUGCUCGAGGGGUGGCGGUUUUGAGUAAAUUGAGAGGCACGACGAAACGGAAGAAUAGUAUGAUCGACCUAAAGGCCUUGAUAAUACACGGCCAAAGGCUUGCGGACGCUCUACUUGCUGCCUGCGAUGCUCCUGUCGAACAACGUGUGCCACACGUAAGCUUGUCCAAGGACCUUGGAUUCAAUCACAAGCUCGCCCCUUGUGCUCUCGUCGUUCCAAUCGAAGCGACAAUGCUUGCGAAUCUCCCGGCUGGGAAUGACAGCAGGACAAUCCGCAGCCAUAAUCCAUUCGCGCAGGAUGUCAUUACGAUCUCACAAUUCAUGGACGACGUGCUCGUCCUGAGCUCCCUCCAACGACCGCGAAAAGUUAACGUCCGAGGCUCCGACGGGCGCUCCUACGGACUCCUCUGCAAACCUAAAGACGACCUCCGCAAAGACCAGCGCCUCAUGGAAUUCAACGCCAUGAUAAAUCGCGCGCUACAACGCGACAUCGAAUCUAGCAAGCGCCGUCUUUAUAUCAAAACGUAUGGGGUGACCCCACUCAACGAAGAAUGCGGCACUAUCGAAUGGGUCGAAGGCCUCAAACCCAUGCGCGACAUCAUUAUCCGUCUCUACCGACAGAAAAAUGUGCCAAUCGACUACGGCGAACUACGACUCCUGCUCAACGAAGCCUGUUCCGAUGCCAGCAAAGUCAGCAUCUUCACGCACAAAAUAUUGAGCAAGUUCCCACCUGUGCUGUAUGAAUGGUUCGUCGAAGCGUUCCCGGAACCAGAGGCCUGGUUCGCGGCUCGACUGCGGUAUACGCGGUCCUGCGCGGUCAUGAGUAUUGUAGGACAUGUGCUUGGCUUGGGAGAUCGCCACGGCGAGAACGUCUUGCUGGAGGAAGGAAAUGGUGGGACUUUCCAUGUCGACUUUAACUGCCUCUUCGAUAAAGGACUGACGUUCGAGAAACCGGAACUCGUGCCCUUUAGACUCACGCAUAAUAUGGUAGAUGCCAUGGGCCCGCAAGGCAUCGAAGGCCCGUUUCGCACCGCCGCUGAGCUCACGUAUAAACAGCUUAGGCAGCAUGAGGAUACGCUCAUCACGAUUUUGGAAACGUUUGUGCAUGAUCCAACGGCGGACUUCUUAGGGGGAAAGAGGAAGAAGAAGAUCCCAGGUGUCCCGGAUACCCCGCAGGAUGUGCUGGAGAGUGUGAAGGGGAAGGUGGCCGGGUUGAUGAGGGGUGAGAGUGUGCCGUUGAGUGUCGAAGGAUAUGUUGAUGCACUAGUACAGAUGGCGAGGGAUCCAAAGAACCUGGCGGCGAUGUAUAUU